CAGCCCGGGUGGCUGGCGCCGCGCAUGCGCCUCGGUCGGCUGUUGUUGUUGUUGUUGAAAAUGGCGAUCCCGGCGAGUGAGGAUUUACAGCAGCGGCUGGAGAAGCAGAGGGAGAGCGCGGUUACCCCGCCGGCCGCCGAGCACGACACCAUUCACCUCAACCAGGAGGAGAUCAACAAUCACGACAAGUCCGGCGUCCCUCUCAACUCGCCGUGGACUUUUUGGCUCGAUCGGUCAGUUCCUGGAACAACUGCAGCAGAGUGUGAAUCCAACUUGAAAAAAAUUUACACUGUGCAAACUGUCCAGAGUUUUUGGAGUGUCUACAACAAUAUUCCUGCAGUGACCAGCUUGCCCCUCCGUUGUAGUUACCACCUAAUGAGAGGAGAGAGACGACCAUUGUGGGAAGAUGAGAGUAAUGCCAAAGGAGGAUUGUGGAAAAUGAAAAUCUCAAAAGAGCAUACUUCCGCUGUUUGGAAAGAACUACUACUGGCCACAAUAGGUGAACAGUUUGUAGAUUGUUGUACAUCAGAUGAUGAGGUAGUCGGUGUCAGUGUCAGUGUCCGGGAUCGUGAAGACAUUGUUCAAGUUUGGAAUGUAAAUGCUGCUAGAACAAAUGAAGUAACUAUUAUACAGAAGAUUUAUGAACUUCUCCCAAAAGUAAUUUUUAAGGCAGUUUUUUACAAACCUCAUGAAGAACAUCAUGCUUUUGAAGGUGGUCGUGCAAAGCCAUAGUGAUUCACAUCAAGCACUUUGUGUGGAGAGCUGAGAAUUUGUAUGUAAGAUUAGAGAGUUGGACUCUAACCACCAAAAUGGUGAAUUCGACAAGAAUUUUAACAUUUUAAAAAGAAUCAGGUGACUAAUUCUCAAAGGAAAGCAAGUGAAAUGUUGCCAUCUUUGUAUAUUAGUUGUUUUGUGACUUGCAUUAAUAUCUCUAUUUGGAAAAAUUUUUCUCUAACGGCAGGAAUGUUGUUCACCAUUGAUUAGAUAUUCUUAAUUUUAAUAUUAGAUAGCUUUACUUUUGCUUUUGACUGCAUUCCUGUUCUUUCAGUCUUGAAGUUUCUAACUGUGAUUUAAGUAUUACUUAGCAAGUGGUUGCUAAUAUAUUCAUAAGACCUGGUGUUUAAUCUGAAAAAAACUAUCAAAGUAGGAAUAUUGAUUCACACCAUAGUAAAACAUGGUUAAUGGUAGCAUAUUUCUAGUUGAUCAUGGUUUUUUAAAAUAAAAGUGAUUGUAUUAUGUGAUCAUGUAAGUCACUGUAGUUUUUGGUCUUGUGGAUGCUUGCACUGAUAUACAAAUAUUUCCAUCAGCAGAAAAUGCAGCAGAUUGUCUGAAAGAACUGUCGAGUUUGUGUUCUCCUUCAUUACCUUGUAUUAUACAACUUUAUUUGGUAAUAAUUAGAAUUUUAGGCCAUUCAUUUGCAAUGUAUUGACCUACUUCUCUUCAUUGCUAGUUAUCUACUUCACUUGUUUAAAAGUCGUACUUGAAUUCAGGAGUUUUUGAAAUUUCUUAUUAUGGCACCUUAAACUAGUUUUCGUUCUGUCUGUAGAGAAAGAGCAUGCAGUAAGUAGUGUUGCAGUAGGUUUUUAUUCUGUUACAGUACUUGCUGUAUAAGUGCAGUGGUGUUAUGUGAUGUGACUUAUACGUUUCAUUGCUACAGAACCAAAGAAAUCUGUUGUAAAGUUUCGAGAAACUGAAGAAAAGUAAGGAGAAAGCUGUGAAUGUACACAUGCCAUGCCAAAAUAAGAUUAACAUCCAAAUAUUAUUUUGGAAUUGCACAAAAAUGUAACUUGUAAAUUUGAGUGUUUACUGCUAUGAAUUCACUGUGUGUAUGUAUAUAAAGAAAUACAGAAAACGUUUUUUCCUGCCUUCAUACUAAAUGCAAUCAUGAUGAUUGUAACUGCCCAGUAUGAAAAGUGUUGAAAAGCUCAUCUGGGCUAUAUGCAGGACAUUCUGAUUGCCGAACUACCUGGAACUUGUUCUGUAAAAUCAAAACAACUUUUUAUCAGGACUUAUAAAUUAGGAUUUAGUUGUUCUGAGAGGUACAUUCAGUUCUCAGAAUUGGAAGUUGUCUCUCUGUAACAAAUAAUUUGCUAUACAUUUCUCUGACCAGACUAUCAGUAAUUACUUCUCUAUUAAAACUAUCAUACAUCAAGUUCUGUAGCAUCCAUUGCACAGGUGUUACUCCUAAUGUACAAUCGUUUAAAUAAAAAGGCUAAACUACACCCCAAAUGACUAGGAAGAAUAGUUUUGCAAAAGUAAGCCCUUUUCUUUGCAUCAAAUAAAUCUAAAACAGACUUGGGAAAACUGCAAUGGUUUCCUAAAUUUUGCGUAAUCCAUAUCACACAGCAUCAAAUUAUUGAUCAUUGCGUCUUAAUUAUUAUUGUGUUUUACUUGUUUUGAGAAAGCCAAGUUCUUGGAGGUUACUACACUUUGUGCUGUGUUUUUAUUUUCUAUGCACUGAUUGAUUGAUUGUUUUCUGGAAAUAAAAAGUAGAUAUUUUAUCUCAACUAACCAGGUUUCUGUGGAUAAUGGGUUAAAGCACAAAUGCUUCUGUAACAAUCAAAGCAAACUGGUAAUUCAUAACUGUGAAAACGUACAUUUAAAUAUCAUCAAAACACAAUUCUGUCUUUCUUCAUGAAUGAAUGGAUCAGUAAAAAGUAUUUUGUACUUUCCUAUCCUUUCAUGCACCCAUAAGAAAGUUCUGUAACAGUCGGAUAUGUGAAUGUUAAUAUAAUAUUUUUAGUGUUUUGGAUAUUAAACUUUCUCAAAAUUUGAAACCAGAUCUGCUGGGACUCUGGUAAGCGAACAACCAGUUUAAAAUUGUAUUUUCUUAUGAUUUGAAAAUAAAACCUAUUUUUUUUAUUUCUUAGUCAUGAUUAA